AUGUUGGUUACACUCAGUACAGUCGUUGAAACGUAUAUCUUGACCCGGACAUUCUGGCUGCUACUGCCUCAGACCCUCAAGUUCUCUCACUUUCAAUCAAGUCGACGGAAAUACUCUUACAAAAUCUCAGUGCGCGCCACAACAAUGUCCAAAGACGAAGCCAAUGUCGCGGCGGUGCCGGACGAGGCUCAUGCAUCGCAAACCAUUCCUGUCAAGCAGGGCUUCUUUCAUCACUGGCGGGCGUUCUUCCAUUGCUCCAUCGCCUGUCUUGGUGGUCUUCAGCUCGGUAUUGAUCUCGGCUCAAUCGCGGGCAUGCAGGCUAUGCCUGGUUUCCUCAUGGUGUUUGGAUUCCCCGACAAGACGGCGACGUUCGGCUAUGGCAUCGAUCCCACAGUUCAGACCUUGAUCAACUCGCUCAUGUCGCUGGGAGCCCUCGUCGGCUGCAUGGGUACUGGUCCUCUUGGAAGAUACGUCAAUCGAAGAUGGUCACUUGUCAUUGCAAUCGUCUUUAACAAUGUUGGGGUUAUCCUGAUGAUUGUUGCUGAGGACUUUGGGGCCCUCUACGCAGGACGUCUCAUCGUUGGAGUUGCCAAUGGCCUCUUUGAUGUGAUUCCUCAGCUCUACAUCCACGAGUGCGCACCAGCUCAUAUGCGUGGUUCUCUUCUCGGAAUGUUCAACGUCCUGGUCAGUGUGGGACUGCUCAUUGGAAGUAUUGUCGACAACUACACCGCAACCAUCAUGAGCAAGGCAUCCUAUCGCAUUCCACUUGGCCUCUUCUUGAUUAUACCGACAAUCAUUACUGUUGCUCUGCCGUUUAUGCCUGAAAGUCCGAGGUGGUUGAUGGAACACCAUCAACCAAGCAAGGCAAGCAAGGCUUUGAUCAAACUACGCCAUAAGCACACAUCACCAACAGCCAUUGAUGCCGAAAUAGCCAUUAUCGAACGUGGGCUCGAGGCGGAGAAGGCAUUGGUCCACGGAGUAGCAGUUUUGGAUCUUUUCCGCAGGACCAACCUGCGACGAACGCUCUUGUCAUGGGGACUAAUGACUUGUCUUGGUGGGUCGGGAUCAUUGAUGUUUCUCGUCUACGGAACGUACUUCUUCGCCGUGGCUGGGCAGACUGCAGCAUUCCAGGAGAGCAUUGGCAUGACCGCAGCUGGGCUAGUCGCCACCCUCAUCUCCAUGUGGGUGAUUACGAAAAUUGGCCGUCGGACAAUUCUUCUAGCCGGCUUCUUGAUCCAGGCAGUCUGCAUGUUGAUUCUCGCCGUUAUAUACCGCAACAAUACUCUAACCGUCACGGCUGGGAAGGUGUUGGUCGCCUUUACCAUUAUAUAUCUGUUCUUCUACAACUUUUGCAUCGCACCCUACGUCUACCUGAGUGCCGGCGAGAUUCCGACCCAGCGACUACGUGGCUAUACCCUGGGGAGCGCCAUUGGCAUCGCAUUCUUCUGGAACUGGCUCGCGAGUUAUACUGCUCCUUAUUUCCUGAAUCCUUUGGAACUUAACUGGGGUGGCCGCUACGGUUAUGUCUGGUUCGGCUCGAAUAUUUGUAUCCUCAUCUUUGUCUUUUUCUGUGUUCCUGAAACCAAAGAUCGGACUCUUGAGGAAAUUGACGAGAUGUUCGAGGAGAAAGUGCCUGCACUGAAAUUCAAGCGUUAUGAUCACCCCGAGUUGGGUGCAGCUGACAAAGCCGCGACAGCUGAGAGCGCAGGAGACGAUGAUGCUGCUGUUGCAGGCCAAGAUGGGUCAGGCAUCUCGCCGAACCAGAUGGCACUUCCUCAGUUGGGACUCCAACCUCAGAGCUCCCCUUUUGACUCAGAGACAAUACACAACCAUGAGGAAUUUGCCCACCUGCCAGACAACAUGGGAGACACAGUGUCUGGCCACCCAAUGGAUGGGAAUGCCCUGGAUCAUUAUGAUUUUGAGAGUCUCUUGAGGGACAUGAAUGGGAACCAGGUGCUUCAUACUCCCUCGAUGAUGGCAGGAAUCCUUGCGGACGAAGCGAAUGGUGGACUUCAAUUCUCGUUCGAAUCACCACCGUUGAAUCAAGGUCCCCCUGAUAGUGGCACUAUUGAGCCAGGCGCACCAUUCGCAGGCGGCCCUGGCACUGAUGUGGACCCCGAUCCUGACAUCCCCGAUACCGAUCCUGCUCACUUCAUAUACUCUCUGAUGCCCGACAGUGUGCAAAGCUCCUUCGGCCUUUCUGAUGGGAAAAGGCGCCUCAUUGUGCAAGAUGCCGAGGCCGUCUUCAGCUUUGCUAGGGUACCGGACACGUUUAGGGUGCCCUCUUGCAUGGCAAUGGAGAGGUAUAUUACCGCCUUUUUCGAUGCCUUUCUGGUCCAUGCCCCAUGCAUCCAUGUACCCACUUUCACAACCGAGAGUGCGCAGCCAUCUUUGAUCCUUGCAAUGGCGGCCUUGGGGGCACAAUAUCACGAGGAGAAAGACGUGGCAAUGCUUCUGCACCGAGCGGCUCGGCUGUCAAUACUCAACCAGAUGGAGAAGACGUCGUUCACUGCCAAGGGUCGCCCUACAUGGAUCUUACAGUCACUGUUCUUCACAAUGGCUUUUGGUGUCUGGCGGAGCAAUUUCGAUGCAGUCCAGGAAUCCCUAGCAUUCCAAUCCAACCUUGGCCACAUUGUUCGCUAUGUCAGUUACCCAGGUGCAAAGUGGGUUGACGAUAAUCAAGACCCCUCCCUAUCAUGGGAGGAGUGGAUCGAUUUGGAGUCCGCGAAACGAACCAAGUUUGUCAUCUACACAUUCUUCAACGAUUUGACAUUGGCGUACAACGUGCCGCCCGUAAUUACGAACUCGGAGAUUAAUAUGGACUUGCCCUGCGAUGAGAGAUUGUGGACUGCAAACUGUACGGCCUCCUGGAGCAAGCGGAGGAACCUCUCCUCAGCCUCGUUCCAGGACACGCUACGCAGUCUGAUGUCUGCUUCAGACACAAAUAGCUUGCGAUGCAGUACUUUUGGCUGUCACGUAGUCCUGAGCGCCCUUUCACAGCAGAUCUGGCAGUCACGACAAUCAUCCUCGCCGUCCGAAAACCUUCCUGGGCUCGCCAAGUUCCAAGCUGCCCUACGAGACUGGCAGGUGAUGGCAACGAAAGCUGAGCCCCCUGCAGAGUCAUCUGGGUCGAACUUGGAGAGUGGUGCUCUAUCAAGAGACUCGAUGAAUCUGCUUCGCCUUACUCAUGUGAUGCUGGCUCUCGACACAUCGAAGGUGAAGACAGUCAUCUGCCGUCAAGACGCGCAAGGGAUUGCUCAGGCCAUGAGAAGUCAUUGCAGUGGUGUUCUGCGCUCGGAAAUUGCUUCCACGGCGGCUCUUUUCGCUAUCCACGCCUUUCGAAGGAUCGUCAAAGCUGGCGUAAAUGUUGUCACGAGGAGAUGGUCCCUAGAAUUGAGCCCGCAAACUUAUUCUUCGUGGUUCGACGGUUGCUUAUUCCUCAGCAAAUGGUUGGAAACCUUCGAAGCUGCUGAGCAUGCCGUACCUCUAUCACGAGAGGAACAGAAUGUCCAAAGCCUUGUGCGGCAGACUUUACAGGAAGCGAACCCAUCGCUGUGCCAAUCUACACUACCUCUUUCCGUCGAAAUAAUGCGCGCCUGGGCUUCGAUUCUCACCAAGCACGAAACAUGGGGGUUUGUCUCGAUACUUGGCUCGGCCAUGCAGAUCUAUGCACGAUCCGGUGGAUGA